AUGGCAGCUGCUGACCCCAAGGAAUCGUCAGCUACGACACAUCUACCCUCUUCGUUAUUACUUUGCGAAGCUUUGGGUUUUGCACCUCAAUUGCUACUUGACGACAUUAUCAACAUCGCCAACAACGCUGUGCAGGAUGGCGUUAACGGAAUGGAAGAGUUUUUGCUGAAAUGGGUUGAAGAGCGCAAAACCAAGGUUAUACAGCCUCCAGAACCACCGCCACCAGCGAAGGGCAAGAAGGGGAAGAAAGCGGUGAAAGCGCCUGAAAAACAGGCGGAAGAUUUGACACAGGAAGUUGAGCAGGGACUGGUCGCGUUCCAGACUCUGCUGGAAUACCAUACCGAUAUCGCAUUCGACUUUUUCGAGGCAUGGAGUCUGCGGAACAUUUUCUUUAUCGCACCGGAGCUCGAGCAGGGAAACGUCGUGGUCCUACCCCACUAUGAGGGUGCUGACCUCACGGGUGGAAAAGGAGGCACAGAGCUUGUCGAGAGGGAGAGGGAGAUGAUGGAGGAAAUCGAGGAAUUGCGAAAGCAACUGGACGAGCAACGGCGAUUAACCCGACUUCUGAAGAGAGGACUGUCCAGCUCGAAAGCAGCCAAACGGCGAGCAGAGAAGCGCUUCAGCGAAAUCGCUGCACUGCUAGGCUCCGAAUCGCUAGCCAACCUAUCCAUUCUUCCGGAAUCACUCAACCAUCUCUACCACACUGUGGCCUCCCUUCCUCCACCGGACGCGUCCAUGCCCUAUGCCGAGGGUCCCUCGUCUCAAGAUGGCGCGUCAUCGCUCGCGUUUGGCAGUGGAAAGCGACAGUGGGAGAUCGGUACGACUGGCUAUGUCAACUGGGCUGUAAACCGAAUCGUCAGCGGACGUCGCCAGUCAAUAGGGGCUGGAACAGAGGACCCCAAGGAUGGACAGGCCAAAAAGGAUUCUGGCGCCAACCUGCACGCAACCUACGUGGACAAGCUGGAAGCCGUUACUGCUUAUGUCGGGAGCUCGAACGAUAUGCGAGGAGCUGUGGAGACCCUGGAGAAAGGGGCUAGUGCGGGGAACACGAGUGAAGGAGAUAUGGAGUUGGAUUGA